GGGGAGAUGGCUGAGGUCGCCGCGGCGGAGAGAACCCGAGAGAGCUUGCCGAAGCCCCAUGUCUCCCCCAGGUGAUGUGCCAUCGGCCCUCACUCUGCCCUGCCGGUCCCCAGGGCUCCCUUCCCCGGCUCCCACCUGUGGAUGUGAUGGCAGCUCCUGCUGUGUCCUGGUGUCUGUCCCUCCUCGUCUUCCUCCUGCCCCUGGCCAUCGCUCGGGCAUCCACAGCAGUGAAUGACAAUUCCCAGCUCACGUGCUUCUAUAACUCGAGAGCCAACAUCUCCUGUGUCUGGAGCCAGGAUGGGGGCCUGCAGGCUGCACCCUGCCGCAUCCACGCCCAGCCCAACAGACGGUCCUGGAACAAAUCCUGCGAGCUGCUCCCAGCGGGGCCGGCAUCCUGGUCCUGCAACCUGAUCCUUGGAACCCCAGAUUCUCAGAUGCUGACCGCAGCAGACAUCCUCUCGUUGGAAGUGAUAUGCCCCGAUGGGGACGGGUGGAGGAUGGCCCUGGCCCAGAACUUCAAGCCCUUUGAAAACCUUCGCCUGAUGGCCCCUAACUCCCUGCAAGUCACCCACAUAGGGACCCACAGGUGCAACAUAACCUGGAGCGUCUCCCAGUCCUCCCACUACAUUAAAACGUACCUGGAGUUCGAGGCCCGGACAAGGUCCCCGGGCCACAGCUGGGAGGAGGCCUCCCUGCUGACCCUCAAGCAGAACCAGCAGUGGAUCUGCCUGGAGACACUCGCUUCAGGCACCCGCUAUGAGCUGCAGGUGCGGGUCAGGCCCCAGCGAGGCGCCCACACGGCCUGGAGCCCCUGGAGCCAGCCGCUGGCCUUCAGGACGAGGGCUGAGGCGCCUUCACUGGGCCACAUCAUCGUGGGCCUCAGCGGUGCCAUUGGCUUCAUGAUCCUCGUCUACCUGCUGAUCAACUGCCGGUACCUCAGGCCAUGGUUGAAGAAGGUCCUGAAGUGUCACAUCCCAGAUCCCUCGGAGUUCUUUUCACAGCUGAGCUCAGAGCACGGAGGAGAUUUCCAGAAGUGGCUGUCCUCGCCCUUCCCCUCGUCCUCCUUCAGCCCCAGCGGCCCGGCGCCCGACAUCUCGCCCCUGGAGGUGCUGGACAGGGGCACGAAGGCCGCGCAGCUGCUCCUGCUGCAGCAGGACAAGGGGCCCUCGCCCUCCCUCGAGACCAGCGGCCACUCGCUGACCAGCUGCUUCACCAACCAAGGCUACUUCUUCUUCCACCUCCCGGACGCGCUGGAGAUCGAGGCCUGCCAGGUGUACUUCACCUAUGACCCCUGCGCCGAGGAGCCAGAUGGGGGUGGGCCCGGGGCGCCCGAGGGGUCUCCCCUCCCGCCCCUGCCCCCUCUGCCAGACGAUGACGAUGCCUACUGCACCUUUCCCCCCAGGGAUGGUCUGCUGCUCUUCUCCCCCAGUCUUCUCGGUGGCUCGAGCCCCCCAAACACUGCCCUGGGGGAGACUGGGGCUGGUGAAGACAGGCUGCCCCCCUCCCUGCAGGAGGGAGUCCCCGAAGACUGGGACCCCCAGCCCCUAUGGCCUCCCACCCCGGGAGCCACUGAGCUGGCGGGUUUCCAGUCGCCCCUGGAGGGUGCAGGAGAGGAGGCGCCUGGCCCUGGCCCUGGGGAGGGAGCCAGCUUCCCCUGGGCCAGCUCUCCUGGGCAAUGCCAGGGCAGGGCCCCUGCCUCUCGCCUGACCCUGAACACUGAUGCCUACCUGUCCCUCCAAGAGCUCCAGGAUCAGGACCCAGCUCACUUAGCGUAGACAGACGGCCAGGGUGGAGGCGGUGGCUGUUCACUGUUGCCCCAGGCCCCUGAGGACUCUGUCUUCAGGGCUUGUCCACUGAUGAGAUACUUGGUGUCCAGCUGCCCCAUGGGCAUCUUUGCCCAGAUGGCCCCCACCAGGCCCUGCACACUUGGUCCUUCACUGCCGAACCUCAGUUGCUGCUCCCUGAUCCUACUUACCGCCCACACCAGGAACUGUGGCGGGCGCGCUUGGAUUCCCCACCAUCAACCACGGGGAUAGCCUGGGUUUGCCCCUGAAGCGUGGCUCCACUCCAGGCUCUCCAGGGGUCUGCACCCUGGCCUCCUGCUGGGCUUCCUGCCCAGUCUCACCCCCUCAUCUCCCCUCCAGGGGGCAGCCGAUUGCUCAUCCCCAAACACAAAUGUGGCUAAUAUGGCUGUG